CUGAUAGACGGACGGACACACGGACGGACGGGUAGAUGCAUGGCAUGGCAUGGCAUGGCCUGGCAAGGCUGGGCUGAGUGAGCACUCACAUACUCACAUACCGACCCCGGAAGCUGUACGUAGAGCUGGAGAGCUCAGAGACAACGCCAUCUCCCUCCCUCGCACACGCUGUCCCUCCUCGCACACGCUGUUCCUCCUCGCGCUCGUCCGUUCCCGGCCAUCUCCCCCCAUCUCCCCCACAUGUCAGCGCCUCUGCGCUGCGCGCGGUGCGCGACGCAAAACAUCUCGUUUCACAUCUAGAGAGCUAGAGUACAGUACAGUACCAGCCCUUUCCGUUCCCCGUUCUGUUCGUUCGUCCCGAGAAUGAGAUGCUGUCGCAGGUACGAGUAUUUACUACGUGUGUAACGCAUAGUUAUAUGUGACAAGGGAGGGGAGAAGGGACAUGGGACAAGGGGCCCUGCCUGCUUUCGUUGAACACGUCGACAACGCCCGCCAUGGAUGGGGGGGAAGGGGAGCAAGGGAUGCCGGCCUGCGGGCGUUUUUCAGCUGUUUGGGUUUUAAUUCUCUCUCCUCUCUCUAUCUCUGAGUAUGAUCUCUGCGCUGGGUACUUAUCGAACGCGGAAGUUGGAGUUAGGAAGUUGGAGCUGGGAGGCGAUGGUGACGGUGGUGAUUGGUGGUGGUGGGGAAGACACAUUGAGUACCUCUAUCAUACAUACAUGGCAUACAUGGCAGAAGUGGUAUAUACGGUAUGCACUCUACCCACCCGACCUACAGCUUCUCGAAAUAUGCAGAAGCAGCAGCAGAAGCAGAAGCAAAGGCAGAAGCAGCAUCGAGCGAAGGAGGUCGGUCCCAUCCGAAAGGAAAGUUCUUCCAUUUCGAUAUUACUCCACCUGUACUUCUCCACUGUACUAUCGUAUAGUAUUCGGAGCAGAGCGGAGCACUAUAUUCUCCCCAUUAUAUCCUCAAUGGAAUUAUAUACAAUUUCUCCCCGUACUUUUCUUACUUGCUUGGGUAGCAGUAGCAGUAGGCAGGUCGACGUUGUGCUAAUAUUUCCAAUUGAGGUCGCCGGUUUAGACUCUGGAGACUCGAAAGUAGAUAUCGGCGCAGGAACCACCAGAAAAUGUUCACGGGAUAGGCGUCACCGAUCUUCCAGGCACAUUGAAUCUGCGAGCCGCAACGGGGUCCGCAAAACCUCCUUCAGGCCUCUGCAUCCUGCACUGUGCUUGCGCCAGCCUCUUUUUUAUUUUUAUUACUUUCUUUUACUUUUACUUUUUUUUUUUUUUUUUAAAUCUGCUGCAGUAGGCCAACGGUGGAAUUACCGAGUUUCUUGGAAAGCAAAAUAAAAAAUACAAAAAAUGCAGAAUUACUGCUCUAACGAG